AUGUCCAGUAUCGACGACCUAUUCAAGAAACCAGCACUACCUAGCAAUAAGCGCAAACUCGAAGCUACAAGAGAUCCAAACGAAAUCUACAAGGCAGCGAAGCUCGCCUCGAACGGGCAUGCGAAAUCCAAUGGCAAACAACCUGCAGUCGAAGAAGAUGACGACGAUGAUGUAGAAGCAGGUCCCUUACCUCCUCCAGAUGACGAUGAAGAUUAUGGUCCCGAUGUCCCCGACGAUGAUGAAGGUCGGUUCUUUGGUGGUGGUGUUACACAAGAAGAAUCGGAAGUGUUAGAUUAUAUGGAGACCCAGGAACCCUUCUCAAUUGCACCGGAAAAGAUAGAUUCGGCAUGGCUACGGAAACUUGCGCUAAACUUUGAGAAGAAGAUAAGCAAGAAUGCCGAAUUGAGGGCGAAGUUUGAGGAUGAACCGCAGAAGUUUAUGGGGAGUGAAGCGGAUUUGGAUGCUGAUAUCAAGGCGCUGAGUAUAUUGAGCGAACAUCCAGAGUUAUAUAAGGAGUUUGCGAAGUUGGGAUGCGUAGGGAGUCUGGUGGGGCUAUUAGCGCAUGAGAAUACCGAUAUUGCGAUUGAUGCCGUGGAAAUUAUCAGCGAGCUCACGGACGAAGAUGUGGAAGCCGAGCAGGAGCAAUGGACUUCGAUUGUGGACGCGAUGGUAGAGUCUGAUCUCCUCGAUCUCCUGGUUUCGAAUUUUGUAAGAUUUAACGAGAAAAAUGAGAGUGAUAGAAGCGGUGUCUACCACGCCCUCAGCGUCCUGGAAAACCUAGCUUCACAGCAGACACUCGCAGAGAAGAUCGGUCAAGACACUACAGUUUUGAAAUGGCUACUGGAUCGAAUAAAGAAGAAAGAGUCGGUGGUAACUCAAAACAAACAAUACGCAGCCGAAGUCCUCGCCAUCCUCCUCCAAUCGUCCCCUCUCAACCGCACCAAAGUCACCUCCCUGGAUGCUGUAGACACUCUUCUCCAAAUUCUCUCCGCAUACCGCAAACGCGAUCCUUCAAAAGGAACGGAAGAAGAAGAAUUCGUCGAAAACGUCUUCGACGCCUUGACAUGUAUCGUUGACGAAUUCGUCGGCAAAACGAAGUUCAUCGAAGCAGAGGGCAUGGAAUUAGCACUCAUUAUGAUCCGCGAAGGCAAGAUGGCUAAACCGCGUGCGCUGAGAUUAAUCGAUCAUGCCCUCUCUGGUCCCUCCGGCGCCGAAUCGUGCGAAAAGCUCGUCGAAGCAGCAGGCUUAAAAGUCAUCUUCACACUCUUCAUGAAGAAAAAUCUAGACUCCUCAACGACCGAGCAUCUCCUCGGUAUCUUCGCCUCUUUACUGCGUCAUCUCCCUGCAAAUUCAUCAUCGCGUAUCCGUACCCUCGCGAAGUUCGUGGAGAAUGAUUACUCGAAAAUCACAAAGUUGGUCUCGCUACGACGCGGUUUCGCGGAGAGGGUUGGGGUCGUGGAAGAUGCCAUAAGAGAUGAGCAUAGGGGCAUGAGUGCGGAAGAUAAGGAGGACAUGGUUGAUGAGUGGUUGGGGAGGAGACUUGAUGCGGGGUUGUUCUCGUUGCAGACGCUGGAUGUGAUUUUGGCUUGGUUGGUUGCUGAGGAUGAUGGGGCGGCAGGGAGGAUUAAGACGUUACUUGGGGAAAGGGAUGAAGGGUUGGAAGUUGUGAAGAGGACGAUUGUUGGUGAGUUCCGAAUUCCUCCAUAUUUUUUCUAUGCUGCUGGUGGUCAACAACUUGAUAGCAUGCAAGGUACUUCUGAGGAAGAAACGUUGAUGAGGGACAUGCUUAGUACACUGUCUCAAUUCCUAACGUAG